AUGUCGUUUGGGCUCAACGUGUCCUCAAUCAUCCUUCGCGGCUACCCAGAAACGUCUCCAUGGGAUCUCACUCCAACAGUCCACGGUGUGCGCCCUCCCCACCUGGACGCUUUCAAGUGCUUGAACGAGCCUGCAUUCACGCAUGUGCGGAAUGCAGCGCUAGCCCAAGCUCAGAAGACGGGUCUGAAUCCGUUUCACUAUGUCUGUAUGGGCAACCCGUUUUUGCUCGACAACCCGGCACUGCAGAACAUAGCUCUCCCAUUCAAUCCCGUUCCAAGUGGCGUCUUGCCGCUAGCUCAGUACAUACUCCCGGACCAGCAGACCAUUUCGUUCGCUAAGGAGAUCCGGGCCAAUGGGACGUCCAUAAUUUGCCGAGUCCGAAUCGGGCCCGACUUCCGAGUACUGAAGCUGUUCUUGGGCACCGAUGCUGCGGCACACUUCUCUGCAGAGGUUGCGGCCUACGCUCGCUUCCGCCACUUCAAGACCUCUCAGUCGGGAGCUGUACCGCAUUGUUACGGAUGGGUCAAAGUUGGCCGCCGUUUUUUACAAACUAUGUUGACCACCCCUGAUGCCUCUCCUUCUCUCCGCGACGCCCUCAGCGGCUAUACGGCACAAUCAGCCACUGGUGGACAACUCACUGGUGUCCUCUUAGAGGACCUGGUCGGCGGCGAAGCGCUCACAAUCCACAAUGUGACGUCCGAUAUUGCCGACCGCGUCCUGCGCUCGUUGCAUAUCAUCCACCAGGCACAUGUGCUGCACGGGAAGCCUUGCCGUCACGCUAUUAUGGUCUUUCCCAAACAACAACGUGCAGUAUGGGUCGGCUUCAGCCAUUCCAUGUGUUAUGAUGGUCCCGCUAGCUCUACCGACAUGAUAACUAGGCAGAGCUUGUUGGCAGAACUCGCCACUGGAUGGGCCUUACUAUGUCAAAGACUACUCCCAGACUCCUUGAUAGGCUUCGAAGCCCCAGAUGUGAACCGCGUAGAUCCUUCCGACACUCUUUGCAACACAUCCUCCGCACAGCCGAUGUCCAUGGCACUGCGCCCCCGGCCUUUGUGCAAUAACGUCCGGGAUGAGAUUAUCAACAUCCUGUUCUCGUACCCCGAAGUCAACCUGUUCAGCUGGUCGCCGCCCAUCUUCAACCUCGUACCGGCUUCCCGGAACGACCAUCAAUACGAUACUCAAGAAUUCCAACAGUUGUUCAGGACAAUGAGCAACCCAGUGUACCUGCUCCGCGAAUGGUACGGUCUUUGCCCCCUCUAUGUCUCCCUCCCUUUGCUCCAGAGCCUUUACCAAGAUAUUCCCCGCGGAUUCCCGAACUAUGUCGCCCCUACCCCAGUCCCGCAGCUCCCAUCCGAGACGGCAAUUGAAUUCCUGGAGCACAUCUGUCCGACUAGCCACCACGCGCUCAUGCGCGUCCGCAUCGGGUCUGAGGACCGUGUCCUCAAAAUCUUCAGCAAGGAACGGUUCGCUCACCUUGAGGAUCCCAAGACCGCCAAGCAGCGCUUCGAAAUCGAGCGUGAUGCGUAUGCGCACUUCCUGCAGUACGGCGCGUGCGCUGUGGGCGCGGUACCGCAAUGCUAUGGCUGGCUCGAGUUAUCUCCGACGCACCUCUACGCCACGCUCUCCAUGAUCCGGCAGACACGCGAAAGCGGUGUCCUGAAGCACGGCCAAAAAGCGGUUUCCGUGUCACCGCUUUUCGAGGACGGCUCGUUCGCGUCUGCGCUCGUCCUGGAGUACCUUCCGAACACCGUACCGCUCUACGUCGAUGUCACGCAUGGUCGGGCCGAGCUGGCAAUGCGCGCACUUGCAAGUGUGAACGGAUCGUACGUGAGGCACGGGGACCUUUCGGUAAAUGGUAACAAUGUGCUACUGGUGCGCGGCGGCGGUGGCGCCGCAGAGCGUGUGGUUAUCAUCGACUUCGAUGUAGCGGAGACGCCGCGGCUGGAGGAGGACCUGAGGCGGCCGCAGAUGCUGAUCGAACUACGCGACUUGUGGGUGAAUUUGUAUCAGUGCUUGCUGCCAGGGCGACGGGUCUGGUGCGACGAGGCCCAUCCGCAUGUGCUGGACGGUGACGUGUAUUAG